AUGGACGACGUCCCAUCCACCGCAAAAUGGGCAAACCGCAUGCUGCGCCCACUGACAUCCAUCUAUCGUCGACUCGAGAAGCAUCACGAAACCUUGGCGAUUAUCGCGGCGGAAUCCAGGAUAGCCGAUCAAGAAGACAAUUCCGACGAGAAAGAGUUGGACCUGCUCAAGGCGACGAGUGCCCCGGAAGCUUACUCAGGGUCAGACGCCGACGAAGAUGAUCCAGUCUGGAUUCCAGGGAAGAGGCCCGCUCAGCGCCGAGUUCGACAUAGAUAUUAUGGGCGAGAAGAAAGUAAGGCUGGGAAAAAGCGCGCAAGGGUGUUAGUGCACAGCCCGGAAACAUCUCGUGUUCUCCCCGGCGCAAUUGAGGUCGCAACGCCGUUGAUCACUGGAAGACGAUGGGAAAUACCGUCCAGCGCUCGUUCACAGCCACCGGUACGACAGAAUCGAUCGGCGCAGAACCAGGAACAGCAGGCGUUUCGUGAUCGGUACUCUCUACAUAAGAGUCCAUGGCAGGAACUGCUCGAUCAGUCUGGUGAUACCGGGUUUGCCGAUAUUGCACAUAAUCUUGAUCGAAUCCUUCAGAACUUCUUAUCCAAUACUCGACUAUCCGGGCGUGAAAAUAAAGAUGCAUCUGUUAAACCCAGGAUGGGCGCACGUUCCCUGCUAUCCACGGUGUUAAGACGCCUGCCGAAGUUCAUCGAAAAGGAACAGGAAGAGCAGGAUGAACUUGAUAAGGACGCGCACGAGGACAUGUGUGAUGCGUAUCUCACCGAGCUCGAGACUUUCUACGCAUCGCAUGGGAGGGGAUGGAGGCCAUUGAGGGAGGCAGUCCGCGCGCAAGGAAUCCAUCUGGUUUCAACAAUGAUAGAAAACAAAUGGUUGACGGACCCAAUUGCAUGUGCACUGAUUGAAAAGUGUCGGUAUAGCGAGUUGGACGCAUUUGAGUCGCUUCUUUCAACACUUCUUUCCGAGCGCUCGACUCAUCCCUUUCCUCAAGCACUAAACCCGUCCUCCGACCAUAGCUCUCUCGGUGAGCCCUUGCGACUUUUACACAGAUAUGCUUCCCACGAUCCAUCCCACCGGUCAUAUGUUUUCCACGAACUUGCAAAACUUCUUAGUCGUGGCGUGCUACAUCCGGAGUGGAUGGCAACUAAGCCAUGGACUCACUGGAUGACCCGGGCAACGAUAUCAUUCUCCAGGGAGGAUGGUGAUAGCACCGCAGCCUCGAUUCUCAUCGAGACUGUGCUCGUCUCUGCAUGCGACAUCCUCUUUGCCGAUACUUCUGAACGCCUUGGACAAAAGCGUGCGACCAAACAUCACGAUGGCAGAUCUGCACGAACCUCGUCAGCAGUACAUACAAACUCCGCAGGCAUAGAGCGGAGAUGUCCCUUGCCAGUGGAAGAUGCGUUAAGCAACCAGGUAACAAGUCUUCUUGCGGCACUUUGUGGCAUGCACAUAUCACGGUCUCGAGAGUUUGACAAUAUCAAGGAUUCAGAUGGCACUCAAGCCGGCCACACUAUUAAUCGGGUUCUAUCUGCUGUGAAGAGAGAAAUGAACGCCUGCCCACUAUCCGAUGCUUUUAUUCUUUCAUCACAUCACCUGUUAAGGCGCGGUUGCAUUCUGUUAGCUGGUUCGCUUUUGCAGUGUAACGAUACAGUGUUAGCAGGCCAUACUGAGCCUGUGGUCAAAUCAUCCGCGAGAGUUGAAGAAUAUUCAAAUCUUUUGGCAUCACGCUCUGACCUGAUCAAAGAGCUCGCAUUAUUCGUACGACAAUCAUUCCGUUGUUUUGGCAGUACAUCGAGUGAGGAGGAAAAUACGUUAAUGGCCAGUGAAACUCGACGCAUCGUGUCAAGACUUCCAUACUUGACAGAGGGCUCGGGUUUGGCCAUGUUUUUAAGCCGGGUUGCCGUUGAGGCUGCCAUGGAAUUUGCCGAGGCGACUGGGGAGCCGGACGAUCAUCUUUGGGCCGUUGAGAUUCAAGAGACAGCUAUGACUCUUCGGAAACAAAGGGAGACAAGCUCUGGGUCGGCCAGUGAAGCAGAUAUCCCAAGUAAGCCAAGUGGCUUGUUUCGUUGGGAAGAUAGUAUUGGUGAGUGGGUUGCUCGCACACCUGCUGUCAAGCCGACGAACGCAACUAUUGGAAGGAAGCGACGAGCCACCGAGUUAUCUCCACAAGUGCCGUGCAUUCCUUGUUCAACCGAUAGCAGUUGCCUUGAGUCAGACUCUUUCGAAAAAUUACCCUCGAGCGUUACUUCGUCUCCAUCGUCUCUUGGCACAGAGCGGAACUUGGAGGUCGUUGAUACCUCACCCAUUCGACCGGCCAAACGACGACGUACCGCUCCAAUGGUUGUCGUGGAUCAGGCUGAGGUCUGCAUAAGCGAUUCAAGCUCUGAGAGAUGUGCAUCGAGGUCCCCAUCUUUAGAGCCAUUUAUGUCGCAUCGCCGCAUUCUACGAGACAUGCCAAAUCGCAUGCCGGAUAGGACAUCUCCUAUCAAAUCCAAGCCCGCGUCCAAAAUUGAGGUUGUCAUUCUUAAUAACCGACUCUCUCGUCCUGCCCCUGUGCGACCAUCGGUGACAAUUGGAAAAAGGGUACAUCGACCAAUGGAUCAACGGCGACAAUCUACGCGAAAGUUGGUUUCUCGAGCUACCCCAAUCAUAGCCACUCGGCGAAAGUCUGUCAUCCCUUGCUCCCAGGAGGAUAGCGAGGACGAGCUUAGUUUCAUGUAA